CGGCGCAUGGUGGAGGGCUAUGGGGCAAGGAUGACAUAGGACACGCCCACACCCGGCGCAUUCUCACACCGCUAUACCAUAUUCCUGUAUGGGCAGCGCUCGCGUGCCGUGCAUCACACCCGCCCACCGGUUCAUUUCGCGGAAGUGAUUUCCCGCGGCGUAUGCUGGGAGCUGGCUGGUGGCUGCCGGAAGCGGGGCAGAGAGGGAGCAGCGGCUGAGUUAUAAAGUCAUGGCGGAGCUGCAGAGUCUUGUUCUUCGCCUGGAGAAGGCUGUGGGAAAGCUGGAGGUUCUUGCAGCAGGGUCAGGGGCAGGUGCAUCCUCUGAAGACACAGCACAGUUUGUUCAGAUCUAUGACUCGCUCAUCAGUGGACCUGUAGGAGAAUUUAUGAAAAGCAGUAAGGCAAUUGGUGGAGAUCUAGAGAAACAGGCUGAGCUGCUUCUUGUUGGCCUAAAUUUACAGCGUGAUGUUUUGGUAAAAGCUUCACAGUUUCAGCAGCCAGAAGAGAAAGAACUCUCUGCUCUUCUUGCCCCUCUGUCUGGUCAGAUUCAGGCUGUGCAACAAUUUAGAGAGCAGAAUCGAGGUAGCAAACUAUUUAAUCAUCUUUCAGCAAUAAGUGAAAGUGUCCCUGGCCUUGGAUGGGUAGCAGUGACCCCCAAACCUGGUCCCUUCGUGAAGGAGUUCACUGAUGCAGCAAUGUUUUACACCAACAGGGUGCUGAAGGAAUAUAAGGAUGUAGAUAAGAAACAUGUAGACUGGGUCCGUGCAUAUCUGAACAUCUGGACAGAGCUGCAGGCCUAUAUAAAGGAACAUCAUACAACAGGCCUGAGUUGGAAAAGGACUGGUCCAAAGGUUGGGAGUGCCACUUCUGCACCAUCUGCUCCUCUGGCCCCCAGAGCUGGACCACCCCCACCUCCUCCCGGAGGACCUCCUCCCCCUCCCCCUCCCCCACCAGUCUCUGCAUCUGCUCCAGGUGAUGACUCAGUGUCUCGUUCCCAGCUGUUUGCAGAACUCAACCAGGGAGAAAAUAUUACCAAAGCUCUGAAACAUGUUUCGGAUGAUAUGAAGACUCAUAAAAAUCCUGCUUUGAAAGCUCCGAGUGGUCCAAUUCGAGGACCUAAACCAUUCACUAGUCCAAAACCAACAAACAUUGGUUCUCCUGCAGCCAAACCGGCUCCCAAGAAGGAACCAGCAAUACUGGAAUUAGAGGGCAAAAAAUGGAGAGUGGAGAACUACGAGAAUGCAUCCAGUCUGCAGAUAAGUGACACUGAACUCAAGCAAGUGGUUUAUAUCUACAAGUGUGUAAACAGCACCUUGCAGAUCAAGGGCAAGAUCAAUUCCAUCAUUGUAGAUAACUGCAAAAAGCUUGGCUUAGUGUUUGAAGAUGCUGUCGGCAUUGUGGAAAUCAUUAAUUCCCGUGAUGUAAAAGUACAGGUGUUGGGUAAAGUGCCAACAAUAUCGAUCAACAAGACUGAUGGCUGCCAUGUUUACUUAAGUCAGGAUAGCAUUAAAUGUGAGAUCAUCAGUGCCAAAUCCUCAGAGAUGAACAUUUUGGUCCCAGGCAGCGGAGGAGAAUUUAGUGAGUUCCCAGUGCCAGAGCAGUUUAAGACGGUUUGGAAUGGUAAGAAGUUGGUGACCACGGUGACUGAGAUCGCUGGGUAGAUGCAACAAUCUGCCUUCCAUGACAUGGCUGGACACCAUGUCUUCUACAGCCCUCUGUGUUCUCUCUGCUGCUUCUCUUGAGGAUUGCUCUAGCUGUAGGAUAGAGACCUGAUCUUACAGCUCUAUGCUGAUUAAUGUCCUGCUGUACCACACCUAAUUAGUGCCAGAAGUUAACCGAGAGCUGCUUAUGCUAAUCUCUUGUCCCACCCUGCCCAUGCCAAUUUAAAGGGUAGGACGCUGACUGUCACUAUAUACGAUUUAGGCUAGUGGCUGGAGGGAGCAGUAAAAUGUUAAUUGGACCAAAGUAUGACUGGGUAGGGAGCAGUUUGUUUAAUUCCAUGCACACAGGGAAUAGCACAGCUCUUGCCCACUGAAUAUUGGCUUUUUCUUUUCAGCACUUCCAGGGUUUACUUUUUAUAUAGAAAUAUCUACAGAAAUAUGCAAUUCUUUUCCUUAAUCUCUUACUCUUCCUGGCUUGUCACUCCUGUACUGAUACUUAAUGCCAAUGUGUACCGAACCUUUCUAAUGUGUUAGCAGGUUCUGUUCUAAUAUUAAGGGAACAGGAACAGUCCCUGCACAGACUGUGGAACGAGUUUACAAAUCAAUCAUUUUAUUAAAAAUUCAAAGUUAAGUGAAA